CCCCCGACCCUCCUUCCCCUCGCCCGCGGGGCUCUGUGUGGUUUUUCAUUUCAAAAUCCUCCUCUUCCUUCUUCAUUUCCCUGCCCCGCCCCUUUCUCUUUCCUCCCAGGAUAAACUCAGACCCCAGGCCUGGCGUCGCGGGUGCCGAGCGGACGGCGGGCAGGGAGGAUUAAUUAGAAUUCUUCAAAUGUCAGUCCCCACAGGCCCUGAACAACCUACAGAUGAAAUGGAGAAUCAAAUAAAAUCACCUGAUCCAAGGCCUGAUGCCCCUCCUGAGUACAAUUCCCAUUUUGUACCAGGGCCCCCUGGAUCAGCUGUCCGUCCUCCUGCAGGCCACCCAGGAGGCUUGCCUGUGGGAUACUACAGUCCACAUCAGCCCUCCACCUUCCCCUUGUACAUGCAAACUGGUGGUAGCUAUCCUAUCCAGUACCAGCCCGGAAGAUACCCUGCACCACAACAUUCUCCUGCAAUAGUAUGGAUGCCGAUGCCAACUGUUAUGCCAAACUGUCCUCCAGGUCUGGAAUAUUUAGCCCAGUUGGACAACAUACAUGUUCUUCAGCAUUUUGAACCCCUGGAAAUGAUAACAGGUUUCGAAACUCAUAAUACGUAUGAUAUUAAAAACAACCUGGGCCAGAUGGUUUACUUUGUGACCGAAGACACAGACGACUACACCCGGAAUGCUUACCGGACACUGAGGCCCUUUGUGCUCCGGGUCACUGGCUGUAUGGGCCGGGAAAUCAUGACAAUGCAGAGACCUUUCAGAUGCACCUGCUGCUGCUUCUGUUGUCCCUCCACCAGGCAAGAGCUGGAGGUGCAGUGUCCUCCCGGCGUCACCAUUGGCUUUGUCGCCGAACACUGGAACCUGUGCAGGGCGGUGUACAGCAUCCAAAAUGAGAAGAAAGAAGAUGUGAUGGGGGUGCUGGGGCCAUGCUCCACCUAUGGCUGUGGUUCGGAUUCUGUUUUUGAGGUCAUAUCCCUUGAUGGUGUAUCCAGUAUCGGUAGUAUUACUCGGAAGUGGAAUGGUGUGUUAUCAGCAAUGAGCGAUGCUGACCACUUUGAAAUUCACUUCCCAUUAGACCUGGAUGUGACAAUGAAAGCCAUGAUUUUUGGAGCUUGCUUCCUCAUUGACUUCAUGUAUUUUGAAAGCUCUCCACCACAACGUUCAUCCACUCAUAAUUGAUGGAUACCGCAAAUCAGCCAUUCUGAUUAAUGAAAAAAACUUAGAAAAGUUGGUUGGGCUUACAGUCAGCCCUCAAUUAUUCACAAAUAUAUGUAUCUGCUCUUGCAGAUUAUUAUUAUUGGGCAUUAGCUUUGAAAGGUAGGCUGAGAGUGUAAGUGCAAGAACACAUCUAAACAUGUGUUUCAAUUGAGUAUCUGUCUACCCGUCUACUUGGUAGACUAGGAGUUUACCUGAAAAAGUUAUGACCCAUUAAUCAAGUAAACAUAUAUAUAGUGAACUUGAAAACACUUUAAAAUGAGAUGAGGGAAAAUGGAUCCCAAAGCUUUCACAUUAAUUGAUAGUAAAAUGAUGGGCUUUUUAGAGCAAUCUUUGUUGAGAUAGAGUAAUAUAGCUUCUAACUCUGACCCUCUCCUCUCCAUCAACAUGUCCAGUUAUUGAAGACAAAUUUGAUUCUAGGUGAAAAGAAUGAUACUCUUCAUUGUUAAAAACAAAAUGGAAGGCAGAGAGAAAUACUAUGUUUUAUUGCACAAGGAAAAUUUUACUUGUGCAAAUGUAUCAGAACCUUAUUUUGCAAACUUCAUAAAAGUUUCAAUGGAAAUUUUUAUU